AUGUGGAUGCAUGAGCGCCUUGCGAAAGGUGGAGCCAAUAACACUAUAUUAUUUGCUAUUUGUUGUAUGAGUGGAAAGUUCACUCUCCCUUUGUUGCCGGUUCCGCCACCAUUGUUGUGGGUGCUGUUGAAUGGUGAUGAUCAACGAGCUUUGCAAUACCAGAAAUAUAUCAGGGCCUUUAAUGGUAUGUUUUCGUUCACAUCUAUGGCUGGAAAGAUUCAGUACACACUAAACAAGGGUUCUGCCCCCUAUCUUCGUCUUAUCAAGAAGAGGAAUACUGAUGGUAGAAGAUAUAAUCUACCAUCAGCGUCUGAAGUUGCUGCUCUUAUUGUAGGUGAUUUUGAUAUCGACAACCUUUCGAGGGACGUUGUUAUUCAGACGCAUUCGAACCUUCUGAAACGGAUUGAUGUUAAUCAUCCGCAGUACCUUGCACUACAGUACCCCUUGCUUUUUCCGUACGGAGAAGAUGGUUUUCGGAGUGAUAUCUUAAUAUCCGAUGAAACAUCUAAGCAACAGUUACAUAAGCGAGAAACAAUUAGCAUGAGGGAGUUUUUGUCUUUUCGAAUCCAAAUGAGAUCGCAUGAUUCGCAAGUGCUUCUCAAAUCAAGACGUUUGUUCCAACAAUUCUUGGUUGAUAGUUACACUAUGGUAGAACCGAAAAGAUUACAAUAUCACAUGUUCCACCAGAGCAAGUUUCAUUCCCAUCAACUGCAAGGCCUACACGAGUGUCUAAUACAGGGUGAAACACAGGCUGCAAGAACUGGAAAACGAGUUAUCUUGCCGUCUUCAUUUGUCGGUGGUCCCCGAUACAUGUACAACAAUUGCAAAGAUGCAUUUUCUAUUUGCAAGUAUGCCGGAUACCCUAGCUAUUUCAUUACUAUCACAUGUAACCUAGAUUGGACCGAGAUCAAAGAUUGCAUUGCGGACUAUUCAUUAAAGCCAAGUGACAGGCCUGAUAUCAUAUCAAGGGUUUUCAAGAUCAAGUUAGAUGUCUUGCUGAAAGACUUAAAGGAUGGGUCCAUAUUCGGAAAGCCUAAAGGAAUUGUGUACACAGUUGAAUUCCAAAAGCGUGGUCUUCCCCACUGUCAUAUUUUAUUAUUUGUUCAACCAGCUGAUACGCCUCGAUCAUCCGAUGAUAUUGACCAUCAUAUAUCGACUGAGAUACCCGACGAACACACACAACUUAAGCUGUAUAGCUUAGUCCAAAAAUUCAUGAUUCACGGACCAUGUGGGGUUUUGAACAUGAGUAGCCCGUGUAUGGUUAAUGGGAGGUGUUCCAAGUUUUAUCCAGUUCCUUUCCGUGAGAAAACAUCCAUAGACAGUGCAGGUUUUCCCAAGUAUAAACAGUCGGAUAAUGGGCGUUCAACAACCAAGAGAAAUGUUAAUCUCGACAAUAGGUUUAUUGUCCCAUACAAUGCAACAAUGCUCAUUAAGUAUGGCUGUCACAUAAAUGUUGAGUAUACUUGCCAGACGUCUGCUAUUAAGUAUUUGUUCAAGUACGUCCACAAAGGUAAUGAUUGUGUCACAGCUUUGUUCUUCCGAUCACAUGAUUCAACUGGUUCUGAUGUCACUGUAGAUGAAAUCCAAAACUACUAUGAUUGUCGGUAUAUAUCAACUUGUGAGGCAUCCUGGCGGCUAUUCGGGUUUGAGAUUCAGUACAAAGAGCCUAACGUCAUCCGCCUUCCAUUCCAUCUUCCAAAUGAAUAG